CACCGCAGAGAUGGCGGCCACGCCGGCGGGGGAGCCGGGCGAAGCGAGCCCCGAGGAGUUCGUGUACAGCGAGGAGGACUUCGUGCUGCAGGCAGCCGGCUGGGGCGACCCGGGCUCCGCGCCCUCCCGGUUCGACCGGGCGCUGCUGGCGGGCUGGAGCGACCGUAUGGAGCGGGGACUGUUCCGGUACCGGCUGGGAGCGCUGCCCACCCGCGUCCUGCCCGGCGCCGUGCGCCUCGUGGCGCAGCUGAACGAGCAGCGCAGCGCGGAGCGCCGCCCGCCGCAGCCCGUCCGCAGCCUCCGCGACCCCUUCGACCCCGCCGCCUUCAACUUCACGCGGCUGCGCCCCGCCGAGCUGCUGUUCCGCCUGCGCCGCGCCGGCGGCCCGGAGCCGCUGCUGGUGGCGAUCAACGCCAGCCCGCUGGAGCGGGGACACGUGCUGCUGCUGCCCGAGCCGGCGCGGCGCCUGCCGCAGGCGCUGACGGCCCCGGCGCUGCGCGGGGCGCUGGAGGCGGCGCUGCUCAGCGCCCACCCCGGCUUCCGCGUGGGCUUCAACGGGCUGGGCGGCGGCGCCUCGGUGAACCACCUGCACCUGCACGGGCUCUACCUGGACCGCCCGCUGCCGCUGGAGGCGGCGCCGGCCGAGCCGCUGGGGCCGCGCCUGGCGCUGCUCCGCGCCGGACCGGCCCCCGCCUUCCUCUUCUUCGCCGCCGGCCCCGCGGCGCUGGAGCCGGUGUCGCGGGCCGUGUGCCGCGCGGCGGAGCACCUGGGCGCCGCCGGGCUGGCCUGCAACGUGCUGGCCACGCGGGGCGACCCGCCGGCGGGGCCCGGGGGCGGCCGCGGGCUGCGGGUGCUGCUGUGGGCGCGCCGGCCGCUCUUCGGCCCCAAGGCGGGCGAGCCCUUCGCCGUGGCGCUGUGCGAGCUGGCAGGGCUGCUGCCGCUGCCCGCCGAGCCGCUCUACCGGGACAUCACCGAGGAGCAGGCGCUGAGCGCCAUCCGCCAGCACCUGCUGCCCGAGCCCGAGCUGCUGCACCUGGGCGGGGAGCUGGCGCGGCUGCUGGAGCGGUGAUGGCA